CUUUCUUCCCACAAAGUUUGAUUUUGGAAUCUAUCACUUACUCUCUGAUCAACAAUGUCAUUCCAAAAGGACUGCCACUCCAAGAACUUGUCUCUUCAUGAAACUAGCAAUGUGGAGGACAAUAACAUACCAUUGUUCAAAAUCAAGAGGAGGUCUCGAAGUCACGAAAAUUUAACAUUUAAGGACUCAAAGAAGAAAAUUUCAAAUGUUUCUGCUCAAAAUCAAGAUGUUAAAGUGUUAAAGAUAAACAAAUGCAACAAAUCAAACACAAAUUCUAAGGUGCGUUAUUGUGCACCAACAACAGUUUGUGAGGAAUCAUUCUAUGUGAGAAGUUCCAGGUUUGAACAGAAAUAUAAGAAGCCUAUGGCAUGGUUUGGUACAGUUGCUACUGCUGAAUUCAACUAUCUAAGUUAGAAUAUUCUUAAGAUAUUAGCAUAUUUGGAUUUUUAAGUUGUGAAGACUUUAGUUUU